UGCAUGGCGCAUGCGCAGUGACGACGAGGAGGUUGCGGAAAAUACCGGCCGGCCUGCGUGCUGCGCUCUUUUCCGGAAGUGGCUGCUGCAGCGACAUGCUCGCGGAGCUCGGUUUCAUCGGGACCAUCGGCGAAGAUGACGAGGUGCCAGUGGAGCCGGAGUCUGACUCCGGAGACGAGCAGGAGGAGGGGCCCAUUGUGCUGGGAAGAAGGCAGAAAGCCUUGCAGAAGAACCGCAGUGCCGAUUUCAACCCUGAUUUUGUCUUCACUGAGAAGGAGGGCAUGUAUGAUGGUAGCUGGGCUCUGGCUGAUGUCAUGAGCCAGCUCAAGAAGAAGAGGGCAGCCACUACGUUAGAUGAGAAGAUUGAGAAAGUUCGAAAGAAAAGGAAAACAGAGGAUAAAGAAGCCAAGUCUGAGAAACUGGAGAAGGAGAAAGAAGCAGAGGAGGGCCCUGAAGCGGAGGAGCAGGAGGGCCUUCAAGAGAAAGAUGAGGAAGGCUCAGAGGACGAAGAGUCAGAGACCGACUAUUCAUCAGCUGAGGAGAACAUCCUCACCCAAGCAGACACACUCAAAGUAAAGGAUCGGAAGAAGAAGAAGAAGAAAGGCCAGGAAGCAGGAGGAUUUUUUGAAGACGCAUCUCAGUAUGAUGAAAGCUUGUCGUUCCAGGACAUGAACCUUUCCCGCCCUCUUCUGAAGGCCAUCACAGCCAUGGGCUUCAAGCAGCCCACCCCCAUCCAGAAGGCUUGCAUCCCUGUGGGUCUCCUGGGGAAGGACAUCUGCGCCUGUGCAGCCACGGGGACAGGUAAAACUGCAGCUUUUGCCCUGCCGGUUUUGGAGCGUCUGAUCUACAAGCCCCGCCAAGCCCCGGUGACCCGUGUACUGGUGCUGGUCCCCACCCGAGAGCUGGGCAUCCAGGUGCACUCAGUCACUAGGCAGCUGGCCCAGUUCUGCAGUGUCACCACCUGCCUGGCUGUGGGUGGCCUGGACGUGAAGUCUCAGGAGGCAGCUCUUCGGGCGGCCCCUGACAUACUCAUUGCCACACCGGGGCGGCUUAUCGAUCACCUCCACAACUGCCCCUCCUUCCACCUGAGCAGCAUCGAGGUGCUCAUCCUGGAUGAGGCUGACAGGAUGCUGGAUGAGUACUUUGAGGAGCAGAUGAAGGAGAUCAUCCGGAUGUGUUCCCACCACCGCCAGACCAUGCUCUUCUCAGCCACCAUGACAGACGAGGUGAAAGAUCUGGCUUCCGUCUCCUUGAAGAAUCCCGUGAGGAUAUUCGUGAACAGCAACACAGAUGUGGCGCCCUUCCUGCGGCAGGAGUUCAUCCGGAUCCGGCCUAACCGGGAAGGGGACCGGGAAGCCAUCGUGGCAGCCCUGCUGACAAGAACCUUCACCGACCACGUGAUGCUGUUCACGCAGACCAAGAAGCAGGCACACCGCAUGCACAUCCUCCUGGGACUCCUGGGGCUGCAGGUGGGCGAGCUCCACGGCAACCUGUCGCAGACACAGCGGCUGGAGGCCCUCCGGCGCUUUAAGGAUGAGCAGAUCGACAUCCUUGUGGCCACUGAUGUGGCAGCCCGUGGACUUGACAUUGAGGGAGUCAAAACGGUCAUCAAUUUCACGAUGCCCAAUACCAUCAAGCACUACGUCCACCGGGUGGGGCGGACAGCGCGUGCCGGCAGGGCCGGGCGCUCCGUCUCUCUGGCGGGAGAGGAGGAGCGGAAGAUGCUGAAGGAGAUUGUGAAAGCUGCCAAGGCCCCAGUGAAGGCCCGGGUACUUCCCCAGGAUGUCAUUCUCAAAUUCCGAGACAAGAUUGAAAAAAUGGAGAAAGACGUAUAUGCAGUUCUGCAGCUGGAGGCGGAGGAGAAAGAAAUGCAGCAGUCAGAGGCCCAGAUUAACACAGCAAAGCGGCUCCUGGAGAAGGGGAAGGAGGCUGCGGGCCAGGAGCCCGAGAGGAGCUGGUUCCAGACCAGAGAAGAGAGAAAGAAGGAGAAAAUUGCCAAGGCUCUGCAGGAGUUUGACUUGGCCUUAAGAGGAAAGAAGAAAAGAAAGAAGUUUCUGAAGGAUGCUAAGAAAAAGGGGGAGAUGACAGCAGAGGAAAGGUCCCAGUUUGAAGUCCUCAAGGCACAGAUGUUUGCUGAACGGCUGGCCAAGAGGAAUCGCAGAGCUAAGCGGGCCCGAGCAAUGCCUGAGGAGGAGCCAGCGAGGGGUCCCGCCAAGAAGAAGCAGGGGAAGAAAUCUGUGUUUGAUGAGGAGCUCACCAACACCAGCAAGAAGGCCCUGAAACAGUAUCGAGCUGGCCCUUCCUUUGAAGAACGGAAGCAGUGGGGCUUGGCCCACCAGCGACGAGGAGGAAACUUCAAAUCGAAAUCCAGAUACAAGAGGAGGAAGUAGCCGGGGUGACCUGAAGACGUUUGUAGGCAGCCCUUGCAUCCCUUCCCUGUGGGAAAUCAUCCUGGCUUGGUCUUUUCUCCAUUUGUAAAAAAUUUUUUUUAACAGUCUGUCAUUUGUGCAUUAAAAGAGGAAAUGUUGGGA